GACUCCUCCUCGCUGUCUGGACGGUGGCUUGGCUCCUGGAGUUGGGAGGUGACGUCAGGUGUGAGCGUGGCUGCAGAGGCCGGGGAAGCUUUGGUCUCCUAACAUGUCCUUACACAAGUGUCAGGAAGAAUGGGAGGAAUUGGAGAAGGAAUUCAAACAGCUUCAGGAAACACACAAAGUUUAUAAACAGAAGUUGGAGGAACUGAACACUCUUCAAAGCGUGUGCAGCGGUUACAUAAACAAGCACAAGAGGCGUCUAGCGGACUUAAAAUGCAAUCUGAAGAAGCAUAAACACACUGCCAGCCUUGGUGAGACUGACCUCAUCCAGCAGAUGGACGGUACCAUUAAAGAGAGACACAAUGUCUUCUUUGACAUGGAAGCUUAUUUGCCUAAGAAAAAUGGUUUAUAUUUAAACCUAGUUCUUGGGAAUGUGAAUGUCACUCUUCUUAGUAAUCAAGCAAAGUUUGCUUACAAGGAUGAAUACGAAAAAUUCAAGCUUUAUUUAACAAUAAUCUUAUUACUCGGAGCCAUAGCAUGUAGGUUUGUGCUUCAUUACAGAGUGACAGAUGAAGUGUUCAAUUUUUUGCUAGUCUGGUACUUCUGCACUCUAACCAUCCGAGAAAGUAUCCUCAUUAGCAAUGGAUCACGAAUAAAGGGAUGGUGGGUUUCACAUCACUAUGUAUCUACUUUUCUUUCUGGCGUGAUGCUCACAUGGCCAGAUGGGUUAAUGUAUCGGAUGUUCCGCAAUCAGUUUCUUGCAUUUUCAAUAUAUCAAAGCUGUGUACAGUUUCUACAAUAUUACUAUCAAAGUGGCUGUCUAUACAGAUUGCGUGCAUUAGGAGAAAGAAACCACUUAGACCUUACAGUUGAGGGCUUUCAGUCGUGGAUGUGGCGAGGACUAACCUUUCUUCUCCCCUUUCUGUUCUUUGGCCAUUUUUGGCAGCUGUACAAUUCAAUCACACUUUUUGAGCUGUCUAGACACGAAGCCUGCAAAGAGUGGCAGGUUUUCGUUUUGGCUCUCGCUUUUCUCAUCCUGUUCCUGGGGAACUUUUUGACGACACUGAAAGUGGUCCAUGCAAAGUUUCAGAAGAAUAAAGAAAAGAAACCUUGAUGAUAUAACUAGACCAUGGACUUGUUGACUGUUAUGUAGCUAAUAAAUUACCCAAAAUAAAAUGUUUACCAGAAAAAAGGGAUUGUGGGAAGCUACACGUAUCCCAGUAUCUGUAUCACUACUGGAGACUGCCUACAGGCCUCACAUGCUGCUCCCUAUUUCUCUCCGGGAGAGACCACUGACUUUAUAAUACCAAACCUCCAAGCUUCACCUGCAGUGAUAAGACCUUACAUGCCACUUGGGGUAUCAGAGUGUAUUGCUCCGCUUUCUACCACUUCAAGGUCUUAAAAUGUUGUGAAAUCACCCGUGUUUUACUGACGGAGUAUUGAAGUACAAAUCCAGUGCCUGCCCCAAUUCUCAUAUGCAAAGAUUUAGGUGCAUGCAGUGUGAAUAAUUGUUAAUGACCUAUACGUUUUACAAGUACUGUUUUUGGAAAGAGAGGUCAGACCAGCAUUCAUUUUAAUUUUCUGUCAUUUCACAUAUUAAAACUUGAUGAUGAAUGAAAUAAUGUGAAAAAUGACUUUUUCUAAUGACUUUAUAAGGAAAUGUUCAUAUUGCUGAUGUGUGGGUUAUGGCUGGAAAGAAUGCAAAAUAAAACAAAAUUGUCUUUCACAGGAAA